UCCACUGUGCUGUGCUAUCAAAACAAACGGCAGCAAAUGUAAAUACACGUCACAGCGAGCUGGUCUACGAAAAAGGCAUCGGAAAAGCCGGUCCCCGCUCGCAAGCUGCUGGCAAAUUCCAUUUCGCACCCAUACUUACACGCCAUUCCGCAGAAGCAUUUUUAUUGCCGCAGAAGCGCAAAUAACACACAAACACAGUCGGGUGAUUUUAUCGUACUAAAUUAGUCCACUAAGCAUGGAGGGCGAAGCGGCAGUGACGAAUCCGGUCGAUAGGAAAGUGGCACUGAUAACAGGCAUUACGGGUCAAGAUGGUUCAUAUUUGGCGGAAUUUCUGCUGGACAAGGGCUACGAGGUGCACGGCAUAAUAAGGCGCGCGAGCACGUUCAACACGUCGCGCAUCGAGCAUCUGUAUGCGGAUCCGCGCACGCACCGGGAGGGCAAGAUGAAGCUGCACUACGGCGACAUGACCGACAGCAGCGCGCUGGUGAAAAUCAUUGCCCAGGUACGCCCGUCCGAAAUAUACAAUCUGGCCGCCCAGAGCCACGUGAAGAUUUCGUUCGAUCUUAGCGAGUACACGGCCGAGGUGGAUGCGGUCGGUACGCUGCGGCUGCUCGAUGCCAUCCGUACGGUGGGGCAGGAGCGGACGGUCCGCUUCUACCAGGCAUCGACGUCCGAGCUGUACGGCAAGGUGGCGGAGACGCCCCAGAACGAAAAGACCCCGUUCUAUCCCCGCUCGCCGUACGCGUGUGCCAAGAUGUACGGGUACUGGAUUGUGAUCAACUAUCGCGAAGCGUACGACAUGUUCGCCUGCAACGGCAUCCUGUUCAAUCACGAGUCGCCGCGCCGGGGGGAGAAUUUCGUGACGCGCAAAAUCACCCGCUCGGUGGCCAAGAUUUCGCUCGGCCAGCAGGAGUACCUGGAGCUGGGCAAUCUCGACUCGAAGCGCGACUGGGGCCACGCGAAGGAUUACGUAGAGGCGAUGUGGCUGAUGAUGCAGCAGGAGCGGCCGGAAGAUUUCGUGAUCGCAACGGGCGAAACGCACUCGGUGCGGGAGUUUGUGGAGCAGGCGUUCCAGUACAUUGGGCGCGAGAUCGAGUGGCGAGGGACGGGAGUGGAUGAGGUGGGGGUCGAGAAGGGCACCGAUACGGUGCGGGUGCGCAUCAAUCCCAAGUUUUUCCGCCCGACCGAGGUCGACCUGUUGCUGGGCGACGCGUCCAAGGCGAAGGCACAGCUGGGCUGGUCGCCGAAGGUAACAUUCCUGGAGCUGAUCGCCGACAUGAUGGCGGCGGACAUACAGCUGAUGAAGAACAACCCAUCGGCCUAAGCAGUUUGGGGGAGGCGCGAGACAUCGAUUGAGCGUUUCUUCUUUUCUAACGUGUUAACUUUAUCGAAGGUCAGUAUUUGGUCCGUGACACACGGGAUGGAAAGCCACCGCAGGGUUUCAUACCCCGUUGGGGAAGAUUUUAUUUUAACCACAGUGGGGUUUGCAUGUAUUUCAAAGAGUGGAUAUAGCGGCCAUUGGCGCAUUUUAUUUUAUCACUGCUAUCCACUAAAAGCGCAUUAUCGGGGGACAAAACUAGCCAAAAAUGAACAAAUUAAUCCACUAGGCGUAAUCGGGAAUUCGGACAACAACACAAUUGCGCAUAUUCCAUGGCAAUAUUUUAAAUUGUAUCAGUUUCUCUAUCCAAUAGCUCUCGCUAGUAAUAAAUUAUCGAAAGUGAACAAAACUAUA